UAGCUGCCAGGAGCUGUCUCACACUGACUGUCUGCCGUCCACUCGUUAGAUCUCGGUGCUUUUUAACUCUAGAUUGGAACCGGAUGAAGGAUUUUAGGAGAAGCUGACUGCAAUGACGCCAAUGGUGGUGAAGACAACAACUCCCAUGUUGUCUUCAACUCCCAUGAUCCCACACUGCUCCACCAGAGGACGGGGUUUCCCACAGCACUUUGCAGUUAAGACGGUCGCCUUAGCAACACACGCCUACCGCCUUAACUACGUGGUCGUGUCACUCUCUCCGGUUUUCUCCCUUUCACUCCGAACCGUGACCAAAGCCAGUCUCUCCUUCUUCUAUGUGUCCGAACAGCAGCAUCUGGUGGUUGUCAUGGCGAUAUCUAUCGUCGUUCUUUAUCCGGGUAAAAAGAAAAAACAUUUCUGGGAGAAGACGUUCAUCUGGCAUUUGGAUAGCCUGUCGCAUCGAGGCCCCCGACGUCCCUCCCAUCGAUCGCUUCCUCCCGUGUUCAGACCUGUGGAAGAAUCCGUCUGGGACACAUCAGCCCUGUGACCCGAACCUGAUCGCCUCCAACCCAUCCACCCGUCCACCCGACCCUCCGUCCGUACGUCCAUCUUCUCUGUUCCUGCACCUCGUCUUCCUCUCCGGAUCAACAAACUCUUCUGCACUGUUCGGUCCACAGGCUGAGCUCUAUGGACCAAUCGUCAUGAGACUCUGCAGCUACCCCCUGUCCUCGCUCCUCCCCCUCCUGCAGUCCCCGCCCCGUCCUCUGCUCCACCGCUGCCGUCUAUCAGCGCUCUCGGCCGAUGGCGGGGCAGCACCACGCAGGCGCCUCAGCACAGAUGGCCCCGCCUCUCAGCCUGUGAUUGGUCAGGACUCGGUGGAGGUGUUGGGCCACUCUUACCCGCGGGACGACUUCACCAACGUCACGCCGAAGAUCUUAGCCAAGGUCGGCCGCAAUCUGCACAACCAAUCCCAUCAUCCUCUGUGGCUGAUCAAGGAGCGAAUCAAAGCUCACUUCUACAGUGCGUACGCCGCUAAGAGGGGAAACCCGCUGUUCUCUGUCCAUGACAACCUGAGCCCCGUGGUCACUGUGGAGCAGAACUUCGACAGCUUGCUGAUCCCGCCCGACCACCCCAGCAGGAAACGAGGAGACAACUAUUACCUGAACAGGAACACGAUGCUCCGCGCGCACACCUCCGCCCACCAGAGGGAGCUGGUGCGGUCGGGCCUGGACGCCUUCUUAUUGGCCGGAGACGUUUACCGGCGGGACGAGAUCGACUGCAGUCACUACCCCGUCUUCCACCAGAUGGAGGGAGUCCGGCUCUUCUCCGACAUCGAGCUGUUCUCGGCGGUGCAGAACGGCGAGGAGCUGUCGCUGUUCGAGUCCCGAGGUCGACGGACGCCUCAGAAACAGGAAGCACACAGUCUGGAGGCCGUCAAGCUGCUGGAGUUCGACCUCAAACAAACUCUGACUCGACUCGUCACUCACCUGUUCGGAGAGGACAUCGAGGUCCGGUGGGUCGACUGUUACUUCCCUUUCACUCAUCCCUCCUUUGAGUUGGAGGUGCGUUUCCAGGGCGACUGGAUGGAGGUGCUGGGCUGCGGAGUGAUGGAGCAGCAGCUGCUCGACUCUGCCGGGGCAGGAGACAAGGCGGGCUGGGCGUUCGGUCUGGGCCUGGAGAGACUGGCCAUGGUCCUGUACAACAUCCCAGACAUCCGGCUGUUCUGGAGUCAGGACGAACGCUUCCUCAAACAGUUCAGAGUUCAGCACAUCCAGCAGCCCGUCUGCUUCCAGUCCCUCAGUAAAUACCCCCCGCUCCACAACGACAUCUCCUUCUGGCUGCCGGAGAGCGAGGACGGGCGAGAGAGCUUCAUAGAGAACGACUUCUACGAUCUGGUUCGCUCCAUCGGAGGAGACCUGGUGGAGAAAGUGUCACUGGUGGACGAGUUCAUGCACCCAAAGACCGGGAGGCGGAGUCAGUGUUACCGAAUCGUCUACCGCCACAUGGAGCGAACUCUGACCCAGCAGGAGGUUCGACUCGUCCACGAGCAGAUCGAACGCAGCGCCGAGACCGAGCUGGGCGUCCAGGGCCGAUUCUGACACACUCACACACACACACACACACACACACACACACACACACACACACACACACACACACACUCACACUCACACUCACACUCACACACACACACACACACACACACACUGUUAAGCUGCUUCGUCACGUCCUCGUCGCUGUGAUAUUUCGCUGCAGGGGAAACGUGUUGACUUUAAUACCAACGUCACGCUCGGCUUUUGAUGCUGCCGGCGCUUCACACACACACACACACACACACACACACACACACACACACUUCCCUUCAGGCUGAAACUCCAGAUCUGACGAACAUCAGCUUUAAUUUCAUGAAACAUCCAGUGUGUGUGCGGUGGUCACCAGAAGCUCUUCCUUCGUUAUCUUUAUAAUAAAACGUCUGUCGGUGAAGUUUGUUUCUUUACGUUUGAACAUUAAAAGUUUGUUUCUUGUU